AUGGAGGGCGUUGAUUGGAGCGUUGAAUCGGCCUCGGAAUGGUACCGGCAGCAUCAGGUCGCGCCCCACCUGCCCAGCCUUUUCUACCUGCCAGAGUACGUGACUCCGGAGCAGGAGUCCGCGCUGCUGCGGGAAGUCCGGGCUUCCAAGGCCAAGUGGGUUCAGGUGCGCACGCCUGAAAGGCUUGCAGCAGAUGGCGGCGAUGGAGGGAUGUACGGCGGCAAACCUCCCAACCACGUGCUCAUCAAUUCGUACAUGCCGGGGGAGGGCAUCAUGCACCUGCCGUACUGCGGUUUCGGAGAAAGCCCCGGCCUGAAGGUGACCAGUGACCUCGCCGCGGCGGCGGCGGGGGGCGCGGCGGCGGCGACGGAAGGUGGCUGCGGUGGCUGCGGUGGCCUCCCACCGGUAGCAGCCCACACCCGCUGCUGCCAGUCUCCGGGCCAAUCGGAGCACCAGGGGGAGCUGCAUCUGCGACUGCAGCAGCCACAGCCGCUACAGGAUCAAGAGGAUCAAGAGGAUCAAGACGCAGACGGGGGGCACACUUCAGACGCUGCUGCGGCCAGGCCCGAAGAUGCAUCAGCUGCACCUGCAAACACACCAACACCAGCACCUGCCAUAGUCCUGCACCCCCAUGAGGGGCCCUACGGCGACGGGGACUGCCCCCCUGGUGGCGACUGCUCCCGCCGCUCCAGCUACAACGUCUCCUUGCUGCUGCAGCCUCGCAGUCUGGUGGUGUUCAGGGAUGAGGCCUUCACGGAUUGCCUGCACAGCAUUGACGAGGUUUCUGAGGAACUUCUGGAUGAGUCCGUAGCCAACUUGGACAUGCACGGCUUGUCCCCGGGUACGAGGCUGGCCCGCGGUGAUAGUUACGGUGCGCGUGCCGCGUCCUGGGUUAUGGGUGAAGUGGACAUGUGUGUGGACACGUCAUCACGGCGGGUGCUGGAGGCGGCGGCGUUGAGCGGCCGAGGAGUCGCCGUGGGGGGCCGUGACGAGGGCCCUAAGGAGAGCCCUCUUGCUUUGCUGGCGUGGAGUGGAGUGGAGUGGCGUGGAGUGCUCGACUGA